CUGUACUGUAUUUUUUUUUUUUUUUUUUGAGGAGAGGAAUUGGAAAGCGUAACAUUGGAAAUGGAAUUUGGUUCCAGCUUGUCGGCACUACUACCACAACCCAGGAACCGAUCUGCAAAUACGACAGAACUUGCUCCUUUACCUUAUGUAUUCACCAAAAAUAAAAAUGUGGACUCUACAGUUCAGAGACUCAACCAGCAGGUCAAUCCCAAUCAAUCAGUAAAUCCUGUCCCAUUGCAUAAAUCAUCCAUGCCUACAGUACUCUCACCAUCUGAUAUAAAAGCAGCUGCCAAAUCUGCAGCCUUGCAAGUCACAAAACAGAUUAUACAAGAUGAUGAAGAGGAGGAUGACGACGACGAGGUGUCAUCAGGGAAUUUUUUUUCAAUCCCAGAUCGCAGUGAGCUAAUGCCUGUGAUAAGUGAACCAUAUUAUAGCACAUCGUUUGCUGAUCAAGUGACAGCUCCAUUACAGUUUUCCACUGAGCAUACAGGGUACAUGAGUGAACAUCAACAGCAGCCGUUACUGUUCCAGCAGGAAAUAUUUCAACCUAAUUUAGCGGAUGCCCCACUUGACUUCAAAAAGCCCUCUGGACCAAGUAAGGCAGUUGAUGGUCCCAGUGGAAGCAGCUCAUUGGAACAAAGAACAGAUUACGGUAGCCAGUAUUACGCCAGUUAUCCUGAAUACGGUGAUGCUACAGGCCCAUAUUAUUCGGAUUACUACAGCAGUUCGAGUUACGUUAAUAAUGAUCCUUCUGUGGUGGCAGAAGAUCAGAGUAUGGAAUCCUGCAUUGAUGAAGAAGCGUUAAGGCGUCUCCAGGGUAAGCGAAAUCGUGGUCGGGAAGAAAUAAAUUUUCUGGAGAUAAAAGGGGAUGACCAGCUGAAAGGUACCCAGCAGUGGUUGACAAAAUCCCUUACAGAAGAGAAAAGUAUGAAGUCAUUCAGUAAGAAAAAAGGAGAGCAACCUACGGGUCAGCAGCGGCGUAAGCACCAGAUCACCUAUUUAAUCCACCAGGCCAAGGAGCGUGAGCUGGAACUUAAGAAUACAUGGUCUGAGAAUAAGCUAACAAGACGUCAGACGCAAGCAAAAUAUGGGUUUUAGUCCUAUGCAGAAGAUUUGUGUAUUUUUGCAUCUUAGAGGUUAUAAAAGCUGCAUACUUCCUGCUACAGCCUCUAGGUUUUGAUGGACAACUCAGAUGUUUUUUCGUAUGUCUCUGGUCAACAAUGUGCCAGCAGUGUAGAGUGGGGUUUAAACAUUGUAACCACAGGAAAUUUCUGUCAGCAUAACCUCUGUUAAGAUGUUUUCAGAGAAAAAUCACAUCUGAAGUGGGAUUUUAUUUACAUUUGAAAGAGUUUAGUUCUGAACAUACUUCUGUUUUAUAUUAUAAGCUGGUGUUUAUUUUAGCCCACAGAUUUAUUGUGUAGGGGGACCACUGUCCAGUAAUUGAGAACUAAAGAUUUAUCAUUUUUAAUGUAGCUUACUAGCUGUAGUAUCCAGCCAGUAUCGUUGGCGCUGCAAUUCAUAAUGUAGGUUUUAACCCUCAGAUUUAUAACAUAAAGAACCAUUUUUUUUAUAAAAAGUCAAUAGUUUUCAGCCCACAGAAGCAAGCUACAAAAAAUAGGCUACAUUCAAAAGUUCAUGAAAAGUAAGAAUACGGAUAGUGAAGUGUUUGAACAUUGAAAAUAUUUCUAAGCUAUUCGGACAGCAGUAGCAAACGGGAGCAGGGUCACACAGCAGUUUGUUGCAUUCAUCUUAUGUUGCCGUUUAUUUUUAGAAAUUGAUGUGCGUCUUCUUUUUAAGGACAGUGCAAGUCAUGUUUUGUAUGCAAAAAAAUUACAUCAUGAAAGCUGUUUAUUGAUGUCUGAACAAUCAUCUACAUUGCUGGAUCUUUUAAGUUUUAUUAAACCAGAAUACUGUGAUCCUGGCAUAUAUUAAAACAAAAUAAUUUAAUUUCAGUUGUGUUUCAAGGGAUACCUUUUUAUAGUAUGGUAUACAGUUAUUAAAACCUGAAGUAGA